UGUGUUGUUUUGAGACGCGUCGGGAACAAUGUAAAGCGAGUUGCUGCUCAACUGUUUAAGCAUGCCAAGCUAAUAGAUGACUACAGAUGGCUUUGAUGUAGAAUUUAGAUGUCAUAGUGUAGAUUUAAUAGCCUCGGACCAUUAUGUUGCCUUGGAAGAAGAACAAGUUUGAGCUGAUAGAGGAAGAGAAGCUGCCGUCCAAGCAGAAGGGUUAUGCCGUCAGUCUCAACUACUCGGCGCUCACGUCGCUCGCUAAAGCCUGCCCGGAGAGCGCGCUCAACCGAGUCGGCAGCAUGUUCAAAUCCAAGAGGAAAAAGGUGAGAAUCACCAGCGAGGACCCCACGUACACGGUCCUGUACCUGGGCAACGCCACCACCAUCCAGUCCAAGGGGGAGGGAUGCACGGACGUGGCGGCGAGUAAGAUCUGGGGCAAGAGCGAGAUGGGCAAGAACGGCACCCAGAUGAAGCUCACCAUCAGCUCGCACGGCAUCCGGAUGGUGCACGUGGACGAGAAGGCAAAGCGACCGGGACAUUUGUAUUUAUUGCACCGAGUCACAUACUGCGUCGCGGACCCGCGGCUCCCCAAGAUCUUCGCCUGGGUCUACCGGCACGAGAUGAAGCACAAGGCGGUGAUGCUGCGCUGCCACGCCGUGCUGGUGUCCAAGCCGGAGAAGGCGAAGGCCAUGGCGCUGCUCCUGUACCAGACCUCGGCGACCGCUCUGGCGGAGUUCAAGCGGCUCAAGAGGAGGGACGACGCCAGGCACCAGCAGCAGCAGCUGAUCGGGGAGCAGACGAUCCCCCUGGUGCCCCUGAGGAAGCUGCUCAACGGACAGUGCUGCUAUAAGCCGCCGGUGGAGCGCAGCAGGAGCGCACCCAAACUGGGCUCCAUCACGGAGGACUCGGUCGGAGAGGAAGAGGAGGAGAAAGCGACGCACUUCGAGUGCGAGGAUGUUCUGGACACGGAGGGCGACUGCGUGUCCAACGGCAGGCAACAACAACAACAACAACACCUGUGGCAGAUUAUCAACGAUUUGGGCUGCAUGAGUAUCGGGAACGACGUGCAGACGCUGAAGGCCGACCUGAGGGUGACUCGCCUGCUGUCCGGGGAGGGCACCGGCAGCGAGUCCUCCAUAGACCGCAAGCAAGAGCCGGUGUGUGUCCCCAAUGGCAUACUGGACGGAACAAUGCAGGAGGUCGGCUGACAUGCCCUUAAUAAACUUUUGAAAGCGCACUGGAUCCAAAACCCAGACAGCAAACGACCCAGACAUCAUUUUGGCCCCUUUGGCCCUGGGGAUGCAACUGACUCAAACCCCAAAAUGCUGUCUAGGAAGGCAUGGGGACUCUUUAAUCCCUCAUUAGUCUGGAAGCACCCUCCUGAGGGUUUAGGACAGAUCUUGUUUACCUAAUAAGUUUCCCUCAAGGAAAUACUUUUAACAAGUAAAACAUCAAUCCUGAAAUAUGGACACUGCUAAAUAAAUAACACAUUUAUUAAUGAGUAUUCUUGCCUAAUAUUGCUGCAAAAAAUUCCUAAAACAUUAGACAAGCAAAACGGUGUACGUCAAAUAAAGAAUCUUGUUUAAUGGACGUUUGGAGACAUUUGCUGGAAAACGGGACAAAAAUACUAAUUAAGAAAAUGAUUUUUAUUCUUAUUUUUAGCCGUGUAACUCUCUUCAGGAAGAAGUGUUUAAAUCUACUGAAUGUGUAUUUUCUUUUCUAGGAUAUUAUUUAUGCGCAUAAUAUUGUUUUCCUAUAAAUGUUUAUACAAACAUGUUUUAUCUUUGCUGUGCAAAAGAGAAAUAAGCUGAUGUACAGAGAUGUAAAUAUUAAAUGCAUAAUGUGUAACAAAAUGCAUUCUUUUUUAAAGAAGGUGCUUGUUUGUUUCUGUGAUCACCAAUAAAAAUAUCACAAUGUCCUUCAUCCAUUAAACAUGCAUGAUUUACUCGUGUAAGGUUUCUGGAGAACACUGUGACCGUGUUUGCAUGAUGCCAACGAGUGUGGGCAGAGAUGCCACCUUCUACAGCAAUAGUGGCACUAACUAACACCAGCUUAAACUACAAAACAGCAGAUUUCUAACGCAUGCACGCCACAGUUGAGAUGCAGAAUCUAUACAUCAAUAUCAUUUUUAAGAAGCUUGAAUGUCCGUGUAUCUCAGAUCUUCAGUCUCACUGAUGGUUUAGGAAUUAUACUCCUUAUUCUCUUGACAUUCCCUCUAAAGGUUUACAGUACAGAUGGCACACUGUGAUGAUGCUCAAUAAACAAACGAGCCUCUGUAUGAUGUAUAAUGAGCCUAUCUGCACGCAGGGAACCAUUGAAAUGAUUUACUGUUACAGUCGUGCUGUUGCUUCCCUUAAUGAUCGUAGUAAUUACAUUUAAUUGCAUUUAAUUCUUAAAAUAUUUAAAUAAAUGCAGAUCAGCUGCCAGAGGCUAACACAAGUCGUGCAAACAUUUUAUAAGGAAGAAUAAAGAUCAUUUAUUCCAGUCCUCAUAAAGAUUAAAUACUUAAUGUUCAGAGUGAUGCUCUCUCGCUCGCUCUCUCUCUCAUUGUGCUAAUCACUGAACUCUCCUUCAAACUAAGCAAACAAGGAUUUAUCCAAAGAUCCAUGAUCUUGAGAGGCAGUCAUUGAAAACCUGUUUGUUGUGAGUUUAUUUGGAAUAUUCUGAUUAAAUGCAACAGUCAGAAUACAGAGAUUAAUAACACAAAUGCUGUGCAUGUAAAUGUGCUCACUGUACGGUUGUUACGGUGCUGUUUAAAUGCAUUGAUUGGGGAGAUUCAUGUGCAAAAACCCAAACAUGUGUUUGUGCUGAUUAAAUGGCUGAUGUUAAGAAUGUUCCUCAACAUUACUGAAAUGUCUCACAGUGUUAAUGAAGUAUAUCAAUAAAGACAGCAGAUGAUUAAGUGCAUGUGUAUGUCUUCA